GCUACCACUAGUACUUACUCCCAAGAAGCCUCUCGAUUCGACCACGGACAACCGGGUCCAGCUAAUUCAGGCUACUUUUCGACAGCUGUUGCGAUAUGCGACAACGUCCCAAAGCACGCCAUUGCACGCUGGAUUGAGGUGCCAACGAUCUCUGUGAGUACAUAUUCACCCCAUUGGCUCAGUAAUUAUAGAAACCCCUCUCGUCGCAAUCGCUCCGUUGUCAAGCACCUCCCGACUGAUCCCAGAGCAACAUCCGCCCGCCCUUAAGAUGAGAAUCCGACUGGCCCCCCGCUGCUCGAGGCAUUUGAGAUGCAUCUCCAGGUCAAAUCCUUUGUUUUCACGCACUCCUCGCCGAGUGCAUCUGCUUUUUCUUCCUCUUCUCAAGUUUCUUCUUAUUCUUCUCCUUACUCAACAUGUGCGGAUGCGGGGCCCCUGAAAAUGACCGCCAAACGGUACCGUGCGGGCAACUCUUCCUCCAAUACUGAAGGCAUCACGCUGGUUCUCGGGCACGGUGUUGGCUCUCACAAAGAGGCCUGGGAGCCCUUGCUGCGCGAUAUAUUUGCUCGCCAGCAAAACUCCUAUCCCCGCGUCCGCGAAGCAUGGGCAUUGGACCGGCAAGACCAUGGCGAUGCGGCAGUGCUGAACGGCGCCGAGAUCCAGAAGAGUCGCCCGGGUGGUGUUUCUUCAGAUGAAUGGUCUGAGGCGAUCGCUGCAUUCAUUUCUUCGCCUCGGAUGCGGGAUCACCAGAUUGUGACGAUUUCGCAUUCUGCCGGUGCCAUUUCCAUGGUCAACACCGCGCAGUUUCUCAACCUCAGACGCAGCCCUUACAUCGGCAUGAUCCUCGUCGAGCCCACAAUCGUCGGUGCGGAGCUUGAUCCGUACCGAGAGGGCGGUAUCGAAAUGCUGACUGGGGCGAUCCGGGCGCGGCGGGACAAGUGGCCGUCGGCCGAGGCAUUGCACGAGUGGAUGGGCGCGCGUUUUCCGUGGAGCGACUGGGAUCCCCGGGUGUUGAAGGCCCACGUCGAUCACGGUUUCAAAUCUAGCUCCGAAACGAAUCAGAUUACGCUCAAGUGCAAUAAAUUGCACGAAGCUAACGCAUUCCUCGACAAACCAGCGCAUUUCAGCGCCGUGGACCGGAUCGCACGCCUCUGCCGGCAUAUGCCGCUACACGUGAUCUGGGGUACCCAGGACGACAUCGUUCCCGAAGCUGGCAAGGCGAGCAUUUCUGACCACAACAAGGGCCGCUACGUUGCGAGUGUCACACGAAUGGAAGGAGAGUCACACAUGAUUGUGCAGGAAAACCCGUCACAAUUGGCUGUGGAGGUUUGCAGGC